GGGCAUUCUAUGGUGGGCUCUCAACUGUACGAGUAGCAGCACAGGAGGAGAGAGAAGCUACGGGACUCUUGCUUGGGAAAUAGAUGUGAGACAUCCAGUAGCAUUUACAAACCAGCAGAAUGAAAGAGGUAAUCUUGCUGCUCCUAUUGCUCUUACAGAGUGGCAGCAAUGGAUUUAAUCUUACAGGAAAGCUCUGGACCACAGACCAAGGUGGUGAAGCCCUGACAAGUGACACAGAUUUGACUCCAUCUCCAGCUACAGUGCAUGGUUAUGUGGAUGCUGGUACAACUGCGAGGUCACCUCAUUCUGAGAUCCAAACUGCUGAGGAGAGUGUAUUGCAGGCACUCAUUUCUGCAUCUUCAGUCAAGACUCUGGAAAAUAAAGCUCUGAAGAAAGCCUCCAAUGCUACAACCUCUAUCCUUGCAAGCCAGUCAAAUGGACAUGGUGAUGGUAACUCUGACAUAGAUAGGAUCAGAAGCUUACAGAGCAAUGCAAGAAAGGAUCCUCUACAGCAAGAGGUCUCUACAAACCAGGGUACAGCUAUAGAGAACAGAUAUCCCAAGCAGCCAUCCCGCAGUGCUGGUAUCACCAACAUUCAAAGGGAUACCAACUCUAAACCAUCUGGCUUUGAAGCUACUAGAGGAAACAACUGGUGUGCUUAUAUCCAUACGAGACUCUUACCAACAGUUGUAGUCGACAACCUGGAAACCUUCUCAUCACACAGAGCAAAGCCUUGUACUUGGCUUAUUGGAUCCUGUGCUCAGAGGUCCCAGACAACAACACACCAAGCAUAUAGGAUUGAACAUAAAAUAGUAACGUCGCUGGAGUGGAAGUGCUGUCCUGGAUACAGUGGACAAAACUGCCACCCAAAAGCUCAAGAACAUCAAUCACUUCUGCACAGCAUUCAGGCUGAAAGCAGCAGAACUGUCAAUGAGAAGACACCAGGAGCUUCCCAGGAGCCUAGUGGGCCAGCACUUACACAAAAAAUGAAUGAGAGUAUUAGCAGCCAGGAAAUGAAAUUGACUUCUCUACAGAAGAAGGUUGACGACAUUGCUGCUGCCAUGAAUGAUUUGAGCAAGAUGCUGUCUUCUCUGGAAGGCAAAAUCAAUGAAGAUAAGGGUACAGACUUCCAAUCUUUUCUAAAAGGUCUCAAGUCCAGGAGUAUUAAUAUGUUAGUCAAAGAUAUUAUCAGAGAACAGUUAGAAGUAUUUCGAAGAGAAAUGUUAGAGAACAUGGCUCAGAUUUUCAAGACGGUGUCUAGUUUGUCAAAUGAUCUUGAAAAUACAAAAGAAUUAGUGAAGCACUUAAAUGAAACCCAAGAAAAAAUUUCUCUAGACAAAGACAUAAGGCCAACAAAUCUUGACAUUUUAGAGCUGAAGAGUCAUAUGCUGCAGAUGAAAGAGGAAAUGACCCGAAUUUGUGACCAGCCUAUGAAAGCUUUACAGAAAAAGCAGAAAUCCUUGGAAGACAACUUGGAGCUUCAACAGUCAAGAAGUGUCAUUUAUUAUGAAUCUUUAAAUAGGACCCUUAAUGAAAUGAGAGAUGUUCAUGAACAACUAUUAUCAACUGAAGAGUCUUCAAGACAAAACAUCCCUUCAACAGAUGAAGUCACAGAGUACAAUAUUACAGAGUACAUGUUUAAUCUGCAUGAGAAGGUGAAAAAACAGGACCUGAUAGUACUACAGAUCUAUGAUGACUUAAGAGUCCAGGACAACAAAAUCAGCAACCUCAGUCUUGCACUAGAAAUUCAGAGAGGUUCUGUUCUGGGAGUCUGUGAUGACUUGUUGUCAGAGAGCAGAAAGGAUUUCCAAAUGCAGCUGUCAGGAACCCAAGAAAGUGUGGUUGUCCUAAACAGAAGUGUCUCUGAUUUGGUCCUUUCAUUGGACAGUAAGAUGGACAAAAUGAAUGAGCAAAUUAAUGAUUUGUCCUAUGAUAUGGAGAUCCUGCAACCCUUUAUUGAACAAGGUCCACCUUUUAGUCUGACUUCUGAGUAUGAACAACGAAUCCAAUCUGAAGCAAUCAAUGAGAAGCUUGAAAACCUCACAACUGUUGUUAACAGAAUGAGUUCUACCAUUAAGGAACUCUCAAAAACUCAGGAAGGACUUAAAAACAAAUCUCAGGCUUAUCAGGAGCUCUUGGAGAGUCAUAUGAAUGAAUGCACUGUGGAAAUAGAAGAUGGAUUAAACAAGACCAUGAUAGUAAUAAACAAUGCUAUUGAUUCUAUUCGAGACAAUUAUGUACAGAAAGAUACGUUACAUGCUCUGAAAAAUGAGACUGAGGUCUGCUGUGGCAGGGCUGAGAAGCUGGACAGCCUGUUGGCUUUCCUUUCCCAAUUCCAACAGUUGAAUGAAUCCAUCUGGACAUCACUUAUUGGCAAACAGAAGCAUGAACUCGCUUCACAAGUAGUUCCAUCACUUUCUGAUCUCCCACAAGUAGAGUCUGACAAAACUAUCUUUCACAGUUUUGGAAGAAUUUACUAUAUUAUAAAUGAAACAUCAUCAAAGGUGGACAGUCAAAAACGUGAUAUCGCACACCUGGAAGAAAAACUACUUGAUUCUCUGGAGGCAUCAAAGGACCUUGAGGUUCGUCUCCUGGUUGUGGAGUCAAAAAUUUCCAAGUUUUUGGCAAACAACUGUGUUUCACAGAAAAAAACUAAGGCUGCUUUGACAGAGAAAGAACAAACAGCCUUGCUUCAGCUACAGACACUGACUUCCAGGAUCAAGGCCCUGGAAAUAAAGUCAAUCCGUUUCUCAAACAGCAUUCCACUUCUGAACAAGACUGCACAUGAGGCCUGGGGGCUGUGUCAAGAUGCCAACAGCAGCAUCCAGAAAGUGAAUGCAAGUAUACCUGUACUAAUUAAACUUGCUCAGCCAGAUAUUCCUCUGCUGCACAGAGGACUCCAAGAGCUCAUUGAGUCUGUGCUUGAGAUAAAAGCAGGGACUAUCCUGACAAAUCUAACGCAGCAUGUUGACACGUCAGUGGCAAGUGCAAUAAACAACGUCACCAAACUUCAGAAGCAAGUGAAACCAACUAUGAAGAAACCAGCUCCGGUGAAAAAAGGGGCAGCAAACGUCACCAUGAGUCUGGCAAGCCGAAGUCAGAGAAACACAGAUAAUACCAUAGAUUCAGGGCAGUAUUCAGCUUGUGUCAGCUCCCCAUGCCAGAAUGGAGGAACCUGUAUCAGUGACAGACAGAGUUUUGUCUGUGCUUGUCGCCACCCCUUUGGAGGAGUCAAUUGCAGUACGAAGCUGGUGAACGAUGAUACUCUGAGUGUCGAUUUUUCAAAGGGAUCAUACAGAUAUGCACCUAUGGUGGCCUUUUUUGCCUCUCAUACGUAUGGGAUGACGACUCCAGGACCCAUCAGAUUUAACAAUCUGGAUGUCAAUUAUGGAGCUUCAUUUGCCCCAGCAACUGGGAAGUUCCAUGUUCCAUAUCUGGGGGUGUAUGUUUUUGAAUAUACCAUUGAAUCAUUUAGUCCCCGUGCCUCUGGCUAUUUGGUUGUUGAUGGAAUAGACAAACUCAGUUUUCAGGCUGAAAAUAUUAAUAGUAACAAAUAUAAUGACAGAGUAAUUGCUGGCAAUGCUUUAUUGGAGUUAAAUUAUGGUCAAGAAGUAUGGCUCAGACUGGCAACUGGUUCUAUACCAGCCAAGUACCCACCAGUCACUACAUUUAGUGGUUACUUAUUGUAUCGUACCUAAAUCGCUCAUAAAUGUAAACAUUCACCAUCAAAUGAAGCACCUGGCAUAUACAUUUAUCUUUGCAUUUAAAUAUUUCAUUUCUUUCACAGCAAUAAGUUUCUGAAAGUAACUAAGGCAAUGACAUUGGUAUUUGAAGUGUCUAUUGGGCUGAUUCUCCAAAUUGCUUGUGCGUGCUACAGAGAGAGUCUAUGGGUUGUGAGUAUAGGGAAAAUAAGUAUCCUCCUUCUGUAAACAUGAGUCAGAAGCUCAGAUCUAAUUAUGCCCUACAUUUCCAUUGGAUAAACAGACAAGGAACCUGAGAACCAAUUCUCAAGAAUAAUCAAAGCUUCUUUUGAUUACUGCUUUACAAUGUGAUUACACACCGAAGGAUAUGGAUAGAUUUGAUAGAAUGAUGGAUUCCUACUUAGCUCAUUGUACCAAAUGGUAGUCAUGUACAGACUUUUUGCAGAAAAAAACAUUUUUUUUCAGUUUGCUUGAUAUUAUCCACCAAGUACUUUGAUAUAUCAGCAAUUAAUUGAUUCAAAAAUUCAUAUGGAACCAGUGUAAGACACUUAUUUUUUUGUAUGGCAGAAAAAAAAAAUCUGCAUGUUUGUGCACUCAGAUCAGAAGUAAGAUGGUCAUUUUUAGUGUUGAAUAUAAUUAGUCAUAGGAAAAACAUUACAGUGGAGUUGGUGGAGUCUUUUUCUUUCUUGACACGUUUAAAUUGCAACUGAAUUUUCCUUAGCUGAUGCCUUUUUGGGCAAGCAUUGUUAUAGGGGCUUUAUGCACAUCUUGGUGUGUAGUCUUUGGCCUGUUAUAUACAAGGUUAAAUGAGAUAACCAUAGUUGUCCUAAGUUUGAACUCUAUGAAUCUGAUUGUUUGUUUUUGCAUUGUAUUUACUGGCUUCUAAGGCAGGAUGAAAUGAACUAUGGACUUCAGUCUGCAUAAUUUAAACUGUGAUUACCAAGCACCAAACCAAUUAAAAAUAUAUUUUCACACUA